AGUCAUACACGAACUGUUACGAGUGAUGGAAGAGUCAAUACGUGUUGAGCUUAACUAAUUUUUGUGAAACUUGUUAGCUCAUGACAUCAACAGCAUCAAUACAAAUAGAGAAAAACGAGAAAAACGAAAACAAAUCGAAAGCAAGUGAACGAUUGUAAUUGUGUGUGUGUGUGCGCGUCGUCGUCCAUUUUGUCUGUGUGUGCGAGUGUGUGUGCUCCCCUUCCGUUUCCGGCAAACGCAACACAUUUUUGGCAAAGGCAGUCAAACCGAGGACAACAACAAAAGCCAACGCAAAAAACGUAAAGCGCGCGCAACAAUCAACCGCCCACUCACACGUUCGCAUCGUCCACCCUGCCACCCUCCCCCCCAGACAAACCCCAUAUUGCAAACAGGACGAAGUCGUGACAACGACAUGCGAAACGGGAAAGAAAAAAAUCACAAGAACAACAAUAAAUAACACAAAUACGCCACUUUAGCUUAACUGCCAUUCCAUUUGUUGAAAGUUGAAACAGACGAAUACGAAUAAUGAGAAGCAUGUGAAGAAGAAGAAACCCAAUCAAAACGACCAAUUUGCUAACUAAAAGUCUUAACAUUAAACUGCUGCUGCAAACUGAAUGACUGAUUUAUAUGAACAAAUAGAAAUUACCUCCUAAAGAACUUUAUACUUCUCGAAACAAAAGAAAACUUUAAACAUACCUACAUACAUAUGUAUAUGCCAAGAAUGGAAAAUCAUUUACUAAAAUAUUAGGUAUUGUCUUUAGUAAUACAACUUAACACAGCCCAAAUACAGUAGAUAGCUAUUAAAUAUUUGACAAACCUAUUCAGCAUUAAAGAGCCAUAUCUCCCAAAAACUAACACAAAAACAAAAAGAAAACAAAAAACAAUAAUAAAAAAACAGCAUAUCAGUUGUAAGUCGCUGGCGAGGAGAUUAAGGAAUGCAGCGGUGUCCCUAUCUACAUGAAAUGCGUGAACGUCUUCUGGAUCAGCCAAGGGAAACACUACAGCUGGAAAAUAUGGAGCGUGCCAAUUUGCUGGAUAACCGUCAGUCAGCAUCCGAGUCGAAUCAGGUCGGCACUGUGGUCAAGCUACAAGGCGAUGGAUAUCACACGAGUCCCGCUCACCAGCGCACUCCGUUGGUGCCCCACGAUCUGGGCGAGGAUUUCAAUUUGGAUUUCGAUGAUGACUUUCCGAUCGAUGCACGACGACCAAAAAAUGCCAACGGUAAUCAUCCACUGGUUCUGACGCAUCCACAGAAAAGGGUUUGCUACACGUUCAAGCCAAAUCCAAAUAAGCACAGUUUUAUGCCAGCGAAAAUAACGGUGCAGGGCACAUAUCAAACAAAUGCAAUAACGGGACCAAUCGAACUAUGGACAUCGUUGUUUAUCGUGACCAGUCUGGUAUAUGCGAUUCUAUUAAUUGUCGUGUGCAUUGCAUACGUGAUCAGCGAUGUGACAACACACCGACUGCCGGUGCUCUACUAUGAGACAUUCUUCACCUAUCUAUAUGGCACCAGCAUACUCUUCCUGUUGUACGUCUUCUGUUUCCUGCUGCAGGAGAGCUCUUGCUGCAAUGGCGGCAAAGGGGGCAGCAAGCCGAAACCACAACCCAAAGAGAAGAAAUCGAAAAAAACAAAGAAUGCAGAUCCAGCCGAUUCGAAGGAUGCGAAGGGCUCUAAGGACUCUGGAAAAGCUGCAAAGGGCGCCGCAUAUCAGGAAGCACCCGUCGAUGUCGAGGUGGCCGUCACCCCAAAGAACGUACGCAAGCGGAAGACAACACACAGCGAUCUCACCCACGGAAGUUUCUUUCUGCGCGUUGGUGCCAUCGCAUUUGGACUUGGUGCAAUGAUCUAUAUUGGCCUUGAAUUUGGUUCGUUCUUUGAGAUCCCAUUCGAUUCGCCCUGCCAUCAUAUUUUGAUUGGCGUUAACCCGCUGCUGCAGAUGAUCUUCACCUUUAUGCAGAUGUACUUUAUAUUCAUGAAUGCACGGUUGAACAUACACCGCUUCAAGGUGAUUGCCCGCUUUGGCUUGAUGCAUGUGGUGGCCACCAACAUCUGUGUGUGGAUACGCACCCUGGUUAAGGAGUCGCUGCUGGAGAUAACGAUCUAUCAUCAGAAGCGUGAAGCAGAUCCGGAUGCAUCGUCCAUUAGCCAUUCGAUACGUCAGCAUGCGUUGCGUCAUGCUGGCACCGUGCUCCGUACCCAGGCUGGACCCAACACCGAGUUCGAGGUACUGGACGGUGAGGAUGUGCUCCCAAAGAACGUUUACAAGAGCGACAAUGUGCUGUCGAAGCUGGUGCGCAAUACUGUCGAUGGCAUUUCGAAGAGCCUGGGCAUGGGCGGUAUUAGCAGCACCACUAGCAGCACCACCAGCAGCACCACUACGACCACGACAAGGGCACCGUACACAACGCCCAGCUAUCAAUGGCACAGCACUACUAUGGCCCGCAAGCUGAAGAAGUUUAUCACUAGCACCACCGCUGCGACUAGCACUGCAGGUAGCAGCAGCACCGGCACCAGCACAACCACCACCACAUCCACCACGAGCAUUCCAUUCAAUAGAGCUGCCACCGUCGCGGACUUCAGCAGCGGCAGCAGCAGCACGACCAGCGAAACAACCAAUCCCUUCAAUGGACUGCAGCGCAUCUUCUCAAGCGCUGCACCGAGCCAGACGCCCGUCGAUGUGGCCGCUCCAACGUUGCCCGCUGCUGCCGAGGGCAAUUCAGCCAUUGACAGCGCAACAUCCGGCAUCUCCUCAUUCUUCAACAAUCUGGUCUCAUCCACGCCAAGCACCAGUGUUAGCGCCAGCACACCCGUGAGCAGCACGGAGAGCGCCGUGAAUAUUAUGAACAAUCUGUUUGGUCCCGGCAUGGAGAACAGUUUCCAAACGUAUUCGGAUAUCUCGCAUGAUGAGUCGAACGGGCUGGUUGCCUUUGAGAAUCUGGAGAGCCUGGACAACAUUUAUCCGGCAGCACUGUCUUCCAACAUUGGCACACUCAACUCCACCGCCUGUGGACGCAUUGACAUUAUGGGCAGCAUCGUUUAUGAUUCGGCGCCGUAUCUGUAUCCGUUUAUCAUUGAGUACUCGUUGAUUGGCGCGGUGGUUUUGUAUGUCAUGUGGAAGCACAUCGGUCGCUAUCCGGGCCGGCUAAACGAUGAGGAUCUGGAGCAUAGGCUCGAGGUGAUGCUCUCCCGUCGAGCCGUUGCCAUGGCGCAGCAGGCACGUUCCGGUCGCGUCGACUGCGUUGGCUCCUCGAAGGGAUUGUUCUUUGGUCUGUUGCUGUUGGUCGGCGCGCUGAUUUGCUUGAUACUCUUCUUCGUCUUGGUGCGUCAUCAGCAGUUCUCGCUGUUGGCCAUUUACCUCGCCGAUGCCAGUCACUGUAUUCUAAUGGCCUUUGCCAUACUAGCCAUCAUUAUUGGCUUCAUCAGGGUGAAGAACUUGAAAUUCCGCUGCGAGGAACAAUCGAAUCUGAACGACAUUUUGCUGCGCAUCUCGGCCUUCGGAUUGUUCACCUACUCCGUGUUUAGCAUCAUUGCCGGCAGCCUCAAGGUGCUGGAGAGUGAGCCCAGCCUGCUGGUGACGACCACCGGUGGCGUUGCUGUAUUCCAGGUCAUUUUGCAGCUGCUCUUCAUUGCCGAUGUGUCGCGCCGUCGCGUCCACUUGCCGGAGCACGAUCGCAGCAAGCCCGGUCGCCAGAUUGUGACCUUCCUACUCAUCUGCAACGUGGCCAUGUUUGCAAUCUACACAUUCGAAGCUCAAAAAGUAUUCGCCAAUCCUGUAAGUAGAUAUGUGCAGCUGGAGUUCUAUGGCUUUGUACCCUGGUCGAUCAUUCAGCGUAUUACACUGCCCCUGUGCAUUUUCCAUCGCUUCCACAGCGCUGUGACACUUGCCGAGAUCUGGAAGACCACCUACAAGGCACGCUUGGAGUAAGGUGUUUCCCACAAUGCAUCUGUAUGCAAAACGAAGAGUUUAUAAAAUGCACCAAAACCAAAAUUAAAAACAAAAAAUUAUAGCGAACCGAAACGCAAAGAAAAAGUUUAAAGUUAGUUUCUAAUUGCAUAUUAUAUAUAAUACAUACA